AUGAUCCAGGGUAUGAGUCAAAAACUUGUAGAACAGAAUAUGCGUGCUAUAAAGAAUGGAUCAAAUUUAUCUGAAACCAUCAAUGAUGAAUGCCGCCAAGAUUCAUCUCGCUGUCCUAUGCUGUGGGUAACGUACUCCACGUAUUGUAGUUUAGGAUCGAAUCGGCUAGCAGAUUUACUUGGUGCAGCAGGGAUUCCACUUGCAGUACUUGGAUAUGGCAGUAAAUGGAAAGCAAGAUGGGGACUACGCAUCCGUAUUCUUCACGACUACCUUUUGACUCAACCCGAAGAUCGUUUAAUCGUAUGGUCGGACUCGGAUGAUGUUAUCAUUACUCCAGGCACUACAGUUUCAGAACUCAUUUCGAGGUACAAUUCUCUUGUGGAUCUAUACAAUGGGCCGAGGGUGUUUUUUGCUGCAGAAAUUGCUUGCUAUCCUCGUGGGGAUCUAUGGUCAAACUAUACUGAUCCUGAACAUAUCCAAGGUAAAAAAACAUAUACGCCGUUCAGAUAUUUGAAUGCGGGAAUCAUGAUUGGCCCAGCUGGAUUGAUUCGUCGACUGAUUCAGGUAGUGUAUCAGCAUGAUUGUUAUGAUGAUCAGCUACUAUUCACUUUGGCUCUGCUGGAUCCAAUACAGUGGUGGCGAGACCCAUCUACAAACACCUAUGAGGUGGGAUCAUCUACUUUAUUGUUCAGUAAAAAUCAACCUCCACGCAACGGGGAUCAAAACUCACUCUUGAAGAUCGACACAGCUCAACAGCUUAUUCAAAUUGACCACUGGAAUCUCCUCAGUGUGGCCAUGUAUGGCAUCUCUGCUAAUCAGUAUCAAAUUCUUGAGACUGCCCCAUAUCUUAAUUUUUUAGAAACAAACAGUCGCCCACUGAUACUCCAUCAAAGUGGCUCGAAAAAGGACGAUCAUACGUUGGAAGUACUUGCCAAGAAGUUUGGUUACGUGUAUGAAACAGACUUUUCAAGAUAA